AUGUCCACAGGUGUAGCAAUACUAGGCGCCGGAAUUUUUGCUAAAGAAGCCCAUCUACCUGCGCUCUCAGAUUUGGGUGAUGCAGCACCUCCUCUCAGGGCGGUGUACUCGCGUUCAGAAAAAAGUGCCCAGGAUCUCGCCGACGCGGCUGCUGUUGCCCUGAACUUGGCCAAUCCUCCAUCGGUGUAUCACGAUGGAGAAUCGUCAUCUAAUCUUGAUGCUCUGUUCGCGAGGGCGGAUAUUACCGCAGUCAUCGUCGCCUUGCCCAUUACUCUCCAGCCUUCCAUUGUCAUAAAGGCACUGGCUGCAGGUAAACACGUUAUAAGCGAGAAACCAGUCGCUCCCGAUGUAAAGCAGGGGCUUGAUUUAAUCAAUACCUACAACCAGACGUACAAGCCCAAAGGCCUCAUCUGGCGGAUUGCAGAGAACUUCGAGGCCGAGCCAGGCUACAAAGCUGUUGGUGACUUUAUCCGAGCCGGAAAAAUAGGAGACGUCAUAUUUUUCAAGACUGUCGUGGUCAAUUAUAUCGACAAGGAGUCGAAGUGGUACAAGACUCCAUGGCGAACAGUUCCCGAUCAUACUAUAGCCGCGCUUCGCGUUAUGCUCCCACACCCAUUGACGCAUCUUUCUGCAUUCGCGUCAUUAAACAAAGACUACCUCAAACCACACGAUACCAUCCACGCUAUCGUGAAAGCAGGCGACCAUUUCACGGGAACUGCAGAGCUAACAUGGGCAUUCCCAACCCAGUCGCGUCCACAGGCUGAUGGGUUCGUGAUCACUGGAAGUGAUGGAUGGAUUUCCGUUAACCUGAUUUACAAUCCCGGAGCCCCUAUAAUUCGGAUUGUCGUCAAGUCUGUGCAAAAACCCGAAGGCAAGCCAGAAGAGGUGACGGAGGAGACUAUAGAUAUCCCCUCCAGGGGCGUUGCCGCGGAGCUUGCAAGCUUCUUCGACAAGAUUGCAGGGAAUGACGAUGGACAAGGACUCGGAGACCCAUUAGCUGCGCUUGGAGACGUUGCGUUCAUCCAGGCUGCCUUGAAUAGCGAUGGAGAGCUUGUGGACCUUGCUAAACUUCUUGACGGAUAG